AUGGCCUCCAAAUCGCAAAGGGAGUACGAGACCGAGGUCAAAUCCUGGGGGUUCCCCAUGUCUUCACGUGGACCGACGGACCGUAAGAGCAGGCCUUUUCAGCCUCCUUCCCGCCCAUGCGAGGCUGACAAAGACCGCAGCAAUGCCCACUACAGCCCGCACUCACACCAUGGGCUCACGACGCACCUCAUCCUGAGAGGCCAGCUGACCAUCACCUAUCCGGCGGAUGCUCGCCCGGAGAAGAAGACCUACUCUGUCGGCGAUCGCAUCGAUGUCGAGGCUGGUCGUGUCCACGAGGUCUGGGUUGGACGGGAAGGCUGUACAUAUGUCAUUGGCGAAUAG